UGACAGACGACAGACAGACGACGGAUCUGUGGACGACGGGUGAAAUUUUGUGGACCGUAGCAAAUAACCUCUCAUUUUUGCUUACAAACAACAGUUAAAUUAUGAAUUUAAUUUAAACAAAUUCCUUUAAAUUCUUCUUGUCGUCCGAUUUCAAAGACUUCUAUCCAAAUAUGACGUCAAUUAUCAAACUGCAGGUCUUAUCUGGGGCCAAAGACGAAUCGCCCCCAUGUUACCUACUUCAAGUAGACGAUGUACGAAUAUUACUAGAUUGCGGCUGGGAUGAGAAGUUUGAUAUGGAAUUUAUUAAAGAAAUUAAAAGACACAUCCAUACGAUAGAUGCUGUAUUAAUUUCUUAUCCUGAUAAUUAUCACUUAGGAGCUUUACCAUACGUUGUGGGGAAGCUCGGUUUAAAUUGUCCAAUAUAUUCGACAAUACCAGUGUACAAAAUGGGCCAAAUGUUCAUGUAUGAUCUCUAUCAGUCGCAAUAUAAUAUGAAAGAGUUCUGUAUAUUUUCACUGGAUGAUGUAGAUGUUACUUUUGAGAAGUUUAUUCAAUUGAAAUACAACCAAACGAUGCCUUUAAAAGGUAAGGGAUAUGGUUUAACAGUCACACCUUUACCUGCCGGUCAUAUGAUUGGAGGAACAAUUUGGAAAAUCCAGAAAGUAGGCGAGGAAGAUAUUGUAUAUUGUAACGAUUUUAACCAUAAAAAGGAGCGGCACUUAAACGGUUGUGAAUUAGAAAAAUUACAACGACCAUCUUUACUUAUAACUGAUGCAUUCAAUGCUAGCUAUCAACAAGCAAGAAGAAGGGCUAGAGAUGAAAAAUUAAUGACAAACAUCCUUCAAACCUUAAGGAACCACGGGAACGUGCUGAUAGCAGUCGAUACGGCCGGCAGAGUCCUAGAACUGGCACACAUGUUGGACCAGCUUUGGAGAAACAAAGAAUCCGGUCUUCUAGCUUACUCUCUGGCAUUCCUAAACAAUGUGAGCUACAACGUAGUCGAAUUCGCUAAAUCGCAAAUCGAAUGGAUGAGUGAUAAACUCAUGAGAAGCUUCGAGGGUGCUAGAAACAAUCCAUUUCAGUUCAAACAUUUACAAUUGUGUCACAGUUUGGUCGAGUUGAACAAAGUGCCGAGUCCCAAGGUCGUGUUGGCCAGCUCACCUGAUUUAGAAAGUGGGUUUUCCAGGGAGUUGUUCUUGCAAUGGUGUUCUAACCAUAAUAACAGUAUUAUAUUAACUACAAGGACGUCACCGGGAACUCUAGCUAGAGAUCUAAUAGACAACGGAGGUGGAAGAAACAUCGAUUUAACAGUAGAAAGACGGGUGAGAUUAGAAGGACAAGAACUCGACGAUUACGAAAGACGACAAAGGUCUAGAAGUGAUAAAAUUGACAACGAGGACGCGGAUUCAGAUUCGGACUCUGACAUCGAGAUGUCUGUAAUAUCGAAGGGGAAGCACGACAUCGUGAUCAAGCAGGAAGGUAAAAUAUCGACGGGAUUUUUCAAGGUUACCAAAAAAAUGUACCCGAUGUAUCCGUUCCACGAGGAAAAGAUCAAGUGCGACGAAUACGGCGAGAUCGUCAAACCCGAGGAUUACAAGCUGGCCGAAGUGAUACCCGAAGGCGAAGACAAUAAGGAAAAUAUCGUGAUAAAGAAAGAAGAGGAGGAAAUUACUGAAAUUACGGAACAACCGACGAAAUGCAUCGUGCUGCAAAGGACGGUUCAAGUAAACUGUCAAGUCCAGUACAUCGAUUUCGAGGGUAGAUCAGACGGUGAAUCGCUGAUGAAGAUUUUGACGCAACUGAAACCCAGGCGAGUGAUUGUGGUGCGCGGCACGGAAGAAAAUACGGCCGUCAUCGAGAAGCAUUGCUUGGAGAACAUGCAGGGGCGAGUGUUUACGCCCUCUAGGGGCGAAAUAGUCGACGCUACGAGCGAAACCCACAUCUACCAAGUUAGGUUGACUGACGCUCUAGUGUCGCAGUUGAGUUUCCAAAAGGCGAAAGAAGCAGAAGUGGCUUGGUUGAGCGCUCACAUUAUGCUGAGGGAAAGCCAAGCGGAUGCUAGACGAAUAAACGUUGAUGACGAAGAAAUGGAAGUGGUAGACGAAGAGACGAGAAUUCUAACCCUUGAGCCUUUGCCCGAAGGUUCGCCGCACGAUCCUGUGUUCAUAAACGAAUUAAAACUUGCCGAGUUUAAACAAGUUUUAGGAAGGAAUAGUAUAAAUUCGGAAUUUUCUGGGGGUACUUUGUGGUGCUGUAAUGGUACCAUAGCAGUGAGAAAAGUGGAGAAUGGUAAAAUGAUGUUGGAAGGAUGUAUAUCGGAAGAAUAUUAUAAGGUUAAAGAAUUGUUGUAUGAACAGUAUGCGAUUUUGUAAUUUUAAGAGUAUUUUUAUUUAUGUAAUAAACAGUACAAAAUA